CUAUGGAAGUAUGAAGCCCAAAACUCAAAUCUGUAAUCAAGCAAAGCAAAGCAUCACUCGUUUUCUUCUUCUCAGUUGUUGGUUUCUCUCUUCAUCCUUUAGCUCCAAUGGCGACAACUCCCAAAACCUUGAAGCUGAAGCCAAAACCCAGAUCCACAAUUUUGAUUCUCCUCAUCUUCUUAUCAGUCAUUGCAUUUCUUUGCAUGUUCUCCGCUCUUUUCUCAAUAAAUGGCUUCUCCUUCUCUUCUUCAUUCUCCCUCAGAAACUUAAAAAGACCCAGGAACAAGAGACAACACACUCUUCAUGAAAAGUACUUGUAUUGGGGUGGCAGAAUUGACUGCCCCGGUAAAGUCUGUGAACCUUGUGCUGGCCUUGGUCAUCAAGAAUCUAGCCUCAGGUGUGCCCUUGAAGAAGCCAUGUUUUUGAAAAGAACUUUAGUUAUGCCUUCUAGGAUCUGUAUCAAUCCGAUGCACAAUGCGAAAGGCAUUCUUCAUCAAUCUGACAAUAAAAGUUCAGAGGAAAGGCGGGCAGAUAACUCUUGUGCUAUUGAAUCUUUGUACGAUGUGGAUCUUAUAUCUGAAACUGUACCGGUGAUUCUAGACGAUUCGAAAAUGUGGUAUCGGGUACUAAUGACAAGUAUGAAGUUGGGAGCUAGAGGGGUUGCACAUGUGGAAGGCGUUAGUCGAGUUGAUCUCAGAAAUGAUACUCGCUACUCAAAUCUCUUGCUCAUCAAUCGAACUGCUAAUCCCCUGUCAUGGUUCAUGGAAUGCAAGGAUCGAAAAAACCGGAGUGCUAUACUGCUGCCACAUUCAUUUCUUCCAUCAAUGGCUGCAGAAAAAUUGAGGGAUGCGCUGAACAGAUAUGAUUUGCAAUAUAGUGGAGUAGAUGGCUUGUCAAAUUUGAAGUAG